AUAGAUAACAAAUUAGUUGAUAUCAUAACAGAAUUCUUAUGGUUAAUAUUAGAUGGUAUUGAAGAAUAUAUUGGUAUUCUUGAGGUUGUAGGAAAUGUUAUUAUUGAAGAUUAUAUAAAGAUGAUU